AACCCAUACUCUGACAUGGUUUAUUUUCAACAUCAUCGUCUGCAAACAUUCACACAAUGUUGCGCCAUUUUAUGUUGGUGUAGUUUUCGGAUUUCGGUAGUGCUCUGAUAAGUUUAUGUAUUAAGAAAACGGCACAGAAGAGUCUAGAGGUCAUUCUCGCCAUUGCGUACACCGCUGAGGAGAAAAACCUGAGAUGAACUUUCUUUUGAAGUGCCGAAUGUUCGAAGCCCGGACGCUUGUUCUUUCAAGUAAAUGAACAACAUGGCAUUGUGGUGCUUCUAAACAAGCCGGACAUCUGACAGUAAUUAAGGUAAAUCUAUAGCUAGAAGUGGGAGAGGCCCCUCUAACGUUUAUGCCUGCGCCUGAGCGUUAGAGUUGACUCGCUGUGCCGCGUUAAUAUCCUGUUUGAUCGUGGCAAUAAAGACGAAGUCUCCGCAUCGCAGGCUCUGUCACAUGGUGUGUUUGCAUCAGAUAUCAGAUGUGCCAUAAACAAAAUUUUGUAGAAUUUAGCGUGUGGCUGUGCUUUACGAAACUUGUGGAUGGAACGCAGAUCUAAUCAGAAGGGCUACUUUCCUGUUUGACUUUGUUACCGCUGGUAGCUGUGAAUGCAAGGUCCCGUCGCUGUUGAUCAUGGCCACGGACAGAUAGAAUGAUCGUGAUCCAGAGUGUACCAGGAUGAAAAGGGGCAGAAAACUGACAGCAAUCUACCAUAGCGCCACAAGUACCGUAAAGGAUGGAGAAGAAUUGACAGUCGACAAUUACAGCUCAUUACAAUGGCGGCAUUAUGCGCGGGACAAUUAGCAUCUCGCAGGGAUCACAACUAGCAGAGCAUUAGUUUAUAUCUGAAUGUCAGUGUGUGCUCACACUUCUGCAUUACUGAGUCACUCUGGAAGAUGCUACCCGAAAUUCGAAACUGUCUUAAUUUGCACUAUGUAUCUUGCCUGUUAACAUUGAAGAAUUAAGCAGCACUGCAUUGGGAUAUAUCGUGGAUUGUUAAGAACCCAAAGCUUUCACUGUUAGCGAAGUUCGCUGCAGUACCAGAAUCAUUUUUGAGAGAAGACCGUGAAAAUUCACAACUAAAGCGUCGUACGAAAACCGCACAUUAGUUCCUCCACAAGUUGUGAACAUAUUGUUGCAUGAAGAGAUGCUGUAAAUUUACUGUCGUAGCAAGUAGUAAUUAUUUUGCAUUGUCCCAUUAUAUGUUCCCUCAAGACAUCAGCAGUAAUGCUAAAGGAUGCUUUUUGUAACCUAAAGGUGUUUGUGAGCUUAACAAUAUGGAUGCUGCACAGCUCUAGUAAUAGGAAACAUGUUCUCUUCAUUCGUGUCUGGUUUGAGCUUAGUGUUUCUUGAUGUGAUCUGAACACAGAAACAUUGGAGCAACAGAACUUUGUUCACUGCAUUUUGAGAUCAGACUAGAAAAAUGUAAUCGUCUGAUUUUAAUGCUUGUAGAAGUUGCUUCAUGGCCACCUGUUUGUGUUCCAAGUGCAUAUUCGCGGAUGGGUUGAGGCACGACGUGCCUGUGUGCUGUUAAUGGCUUCUCUUUUUCGCGCAGCGUGUUUUGAAAAAGAGUAUGAAAUUGCUUUCUGUCCUUCAGUUAUAAAAUUGCUGUAAAUAGAAAGCAUGUGGUCCGGACCCUGGAGUCAGUGGCCCAUUCAGGCCUCCAUGUAUCAAAAUGUACCUCAUGAACAAGUUGACUGGGCCCAACUAGCCAAACAAUGGAUUCAGAUGCAGCAGACGCCGUCCGACAGGGACCAGGCGAAUCAUUCGUCGGCAAUGGUGACUCCAGCUGCACCCCCUAGCACCGUGCAACCAGCUGCACCAGCUGGCAUCAAUGCAACUAACAAUUACUGGAACACAAGCUGGAGUGGCAACGACAAUGCAAACAAAAGCUGGACUGCACCCGGUGCAAUCCCGGGACUGGACGUCGCUCCUCCGCCCCCUGCAGCUGCCCCCCCUUCUGUCCCGCUCCUCCCCCUGCCACCCAUGGCUGCUGAGGGUGUGUCUUCCAAAGAAACUUUUGACUACGGCCAUGCAUCCUCGUCACAGCCGCUAGCGUGUCACAGCUACGACUACGAGCACGGAGGGCCGGAACCGUACGAACCCAUGCCCCAGCCAUAUCCAAACAGCAUCCCUUACAAUUCAUACUGGGGUGUCAACUCUGGCCCACCACCAUUCUUUUUAAGAAAAGAUAGAAGGGAUUCCAAAGAUGACAGCCGACAUCCAAUGCUGGAGGAAGAAGUGCCGCAGCUAGAUGCCGCAAAACGCAAAACCCUUCCGGCAUGGAUCCGGGAAGGUUUAGAAAAAAUGGAAAGGGAACGCCAGAAAAAGGAGGAGAGGGAGAGGGCAGAGGCGGAACGGAUGGCCAAACUCAGCAGAAGAGGUGACAGGGACAACGACAAUCCGGCAAAAUCUAAGUUUGACAGUGACAGUGAAGACGAAAAAGAAGCUCCCACCAAUGUAGAUAGGAAGGCAGGAUCAAAAGUGAGUGAGCAGCGCAAUGGUGCUGCUGUGCCGUCACGUCCCACUCCGUCGCCUUCGCCUCCGCUGGAAAUGAAAUUUAAAACACCAGAGGAGCGGCAACAGGAACUGGUGAUGAAAGUAAGAAGAAUGCUCACCGAAAUACUUUUGGAUGUGACCAAUGAAGAGGUAUCAUCAGUUGCCAAGGAGAUGUACCAAAAGAUGCUUCAAAAAGCUCCAGCUCGACAGCUGAGAUCGUCGUCUGCGUUGGCAAAUAUUGCCUCUGGAUUGGGUGGCCUGACAGGAUAUGGUUCGGACAGUGGGUCCGACAGUGGGUCCGGUUCGGCGGAGGAAGAGGAUGAUUCCGACCUGGAGCUGGAAAGGUCGAUCCGCGAGAAAAAAUUUGCGUUUGCCGAGUGGGAACGGAAGAUGGCCACCGUGUUGGAUGCGGCGGAGCGGAGGCAGCAGGCAGAAGCCCUCUCCGCGCAGAAGGUAACUGGAGAUGAAGUCGUGCAUAGUCCCGUUCAAGAUGCUGAGAGCCCGUCGCCGUCAGACAAAGAAUACGAACGUGAACUGUCAGAAAUCCAAGGAAGAUCCCACAAUGAUACUCCAAGCCCAGAUAACAAGCAUAGCUGCCAAAAGGUAGAUGAUGACGAAUCGGAGCGCAGGGGAGACGAUUUGGAUCGGGGUAGCACAGAGUCUGACAGGAGCAGAAGUCCCCAGCCCGCAAAGCAGGGCUCCGAUAGCAGGCACACCAAGGUGGAACGAAAGUCUUCCAGCGAGAAGUCCCGGGACAAAGGCAGGAAGAAGGAACGCUCCAGAUCUCCUUCGAGGCACCACAAAUCGAGCAAGAGCUCAAGAUCUUCUCCAAGGCACCGAAGCAGAUCGCGAGAGAGGAAAAAGUGUUCGCGUCGUUCACGAUCACGGAGUCGUAGCCACAGCCGCAGUCCGAAACGUAGCAGUCGUCGCUCCCGUUCCAGGGAACGCAAGCGCAGCAGAAAGCACAGCAGCAGUUCGCGAAGCAGGAGCCGCAGUCGCAGCCGUAGCAGAAGCCGAGAGCGUAGCAGGCGAUAUAGCCGCAGCCCAAAGCACAAGAGUCGACGUCGGAGUCGCAGUGGAAGCCCUUCUGAUCGAAAGCAUCACAGGCGACAUUCUUACAGUUCUGAAAGUGAUGGGUCGGGUAAGAGGUCAAGUCGCAGGUACAGGGACAGGUGAACAGCGCAGCGUACCUGGUAUGUGUGUUUUUCUAUAUUUAAAAUUCUGUUUUACGAUUUUUUUAAAUUUCAAUCUCUUGCAGCUCAUUCCUACAAUUUUCACUCUAUGACUUUUUUAUCGGAUUAAGCACAUGCUCUUAGGAUGUAGUGAAGGGAGAAAGACGAGAUGCAGAGAUACUUAAAAUUGUACUUCUCACUUGCAAUUCUCCUGGGAAUCCUGAUCGUUUUCUUCUUCGUGGCAUUGCGCAGACGACAUUGCACUACCCCACACCCACAAGGCUUCCUCUCUGUUUGUCAAAUUUGAUAUGGUCAACAUGGUAGCACCCUGAAAUUUAACAGCACUUCCAUUGCACUGGCUUCUGAAUUCCACCCGUGCCGUUCCUACCGCUUGCUGAUCCUGCCAAUCUUACGUUUCCAUGUGAUGUUCCGAACUGCUGCCUCCUGACUGUAGCUAUUGCUGUCGCCACUUUGCCCGUGUUCCUUCGUUCCUUUCGUGUGGUGGUGUCACUGUCUCGCAUUUACUUUGGGCUACCACAUCUUGCGCAAGUUUACGCCCCCCUUCACAAUGAAAGUAGGGCCACACCUGAACACGACAACUCACUGCAAACUCAUGCUCGAGGCACUCGCAAGAAUGAGCAUUAUUUUCUAAGCUCACAUAAACAGUUGUGCUACAAGUCUUGUUUGCUGUCCACUUACACAUGUUAGAUGGUAGUCCGAGCUCUUUGUUGCCUUGCAGGUCACCCAUGGAUGCUGCUCCUGGACUGAACUGCACUGGUCAAGUAUGACUGCCAACAUUUUGUGGCAGUUGUUUACCUGUACAUUGUAAAUUACUCAUAAAGAGAAACAUUUUAACACCCUGCUCGUAAGGCUCCAAACCAUACAGUGCAUCGAGUGAUGUUGGUCUUAGACUCUAUGAAACAUAGUUAAAUGGCACCUUGCCAGCUUUACAUUUUCCUCCCCAUGGUUCAAUAAAAAAAAUGUAUAUCUCA